AUGUCUUUUAAACAAACUAUUUCAGGCCUUUAUAACAAUAAUUAUAAUAAAAUCAAAAGAUCUUUUGAUUUUGAUUUAAAAACAAAUAAUAACAUUUCAACCGCUGCCAGUGACAAUAAGAAUAAGAAUAAUUGUUAUAAGGAUAAUAACACUGAUUUUCAAUAUAAUAAUGAUCUAAUUUUGGAAAAAGAAUACUGUCAACAAAAAUCUUCUUAUCAAAAUGAAAGAAAAAUUUUGUUUCCAGCUAGGAAUAGGUCAAAAAAUAGUUAUUUUCAAUUCUCUAAUGAAUUAAAAACUAUCUUAAAAAAUGAUUCAGAUACAGAUUUGAAACAAUGUGCUGAUAAUUUUUGUACACCGACUAAAAAACCUAAACAUCUUGUAAUUGAUACAAGUGAAAGAGAAGAAAUAGAUAAUAAUCCAUUUAUUACGCCCCCCUCAAGUGCACUCAAAUGUAAUCAUUUUCUUUUUAAUAAUGAAAGUUGUUUCCCAUCUUCUUCUUCUUCUUAUCACCAUAAUGUCAUAAUUACAGAUUUCCAAUCUCUGAAAAUCAAAAGACAACCAUUAACAAGUCAUCGAUUUUUUAGUAUACCCGAAAUUUUGGACAAAAUAAUUAACUUCCUAGCAAUAAAUGAAGAUGGUUUGGAAUUAGAGAAACCUUAUAAGCAGAGACCACCUCAAUCUUUCAAACAUGCUUUAUUGAUAUAUAAAGAUACUGAAAAAGCUAAGCAAAUAUGGGAACGUACCAAAAAAAUGGACCAACAAUGGAAUUCUUCUAAAAAAUAUCAGUCAAAUGGAAGUCUUUUUAAUUGUUUGAUGGUAAAUAAAUUAUGGUUUGAAAUAACUUUCCCUUAUCUACUAAAAAAUUUAAUUUUUAAAGAUUUUGCUAGAUUUCACAAAUUCAUUAAUUUGUUUGGUGAUAAUAGUCAACUAAAUAUCCAGAGGCUAAUAUUAAAUAGAGUUUCAAAAUCAAAAUAUAUGCAUGGAACUAUUAUUAAUAGUAUGGCAUGUUUAAACUCGAUAGUAGAAUUGAAAAUUCAUAUAUCUCCAGAAUUUAUUUUACCAUCAAAUUGUUUUCAUAAUUUCAAUAAUUUACAAACGUUAUCCAUAACAGGAAAUAAGGUUAUUAACGAUACAUACAUUAUUAAAAUUUCACCAUUUUUAAAGAAAUUAUUAUCUUUUGAUUUAAGGGCAUGUGAAAAUGUUACUGAUAUUGGUGUAGUGGCAAUCGCAUUAAAUUGUCAAAAAUUAAAAUUAGUAAAUCUAGGUAGACAUCAUAAUGGGAAUAGGAUAACGGACGUGGCUUUAGUAGCACUGGGCAAAUACACGAAUGUGGAAACCAUUGGUUUAGCAGGUUGUUCCAUUACAGAUAAUGGCUUGUGGGAAUUUGCCAAAUGGAAUGGAGACAAUGUUAAACGUUUGUCUUUAAACAAUUGUAAAUCUUUGACCGACUAUUCUAUAUCAUAUUUAUUAGGCUUUAAUUAUUUUCCUGAUUUAUGUGUCUUAGAGAUAAGAUUUCUAGACAAUUUAAAAGAUGUUCGAUUCAUUGCAAAAUUUAAGCUGUGGAGAAAAUUCAAGAAAUUACCCCUGCUGAUUGAGAGUUGUGAAAGAAUUAGUGAGUUGAUUAACAAAGAAGAAAAACACUUAAUGAAAUAUAAUGCAAAACUAUCAUUAAUCGAAAUGACAACAUGGGUUAAUGAGGAGGAUGAAGACAAUGAUUAUAGCAGGAUAAAUUGUAAUUAA